CUGGGACUAUAUGUACCUUUGUAGAUUCCCAUGCACAUCACUCACAUUCUUCACCAGCCAGCAGCACACCUUGACUUGAGCACCAGCAGCAGAUCAAGCAUCCUACCAUGGCUUCUCUGGGUCUACAGGUGUUGGGCAUUGCCCUAUCUCUCAUAGGAUGGGUGGGCAGUUUGGUGACCUGUGCUCUCCCUAUGUGGAGGGUGACUGCCUUCAUCGGGAACAACAUCGUGGUGGCCCAGGUGGUUUGGGAAGGACUAUGGAUGAACUGUGUGGUGCAGAGCACAGGGCAGAUGCAGUGUAAGAUCUAUGACUCCAUGCUUGCCCUUCCUCAGGACCUCCAAGCAGCCAGAGCCCUGGUGGUCAUCUGCAUCGUGGUGGCCCUCCUGGGAGUGCUCAUGUCCAUCAUCGGAGGCAAGUGCACCAACUGCGUGGAAGAUGAGUCUGCCAAGGCUAAGGUCAUGAUCGUGUCUGGGGUCAUCUUCCUCCUGGCCGGAAUCCUUCUCUUGGUGCCAGUCUCCUGGUCCGCCAACAACAUCAUCCGAGACUUCUACAACCCUCUGGUGGUGGAGGCUCAGAAGAGAGAGCUGGGAGCAUCGCUGUACAUCGGCUGGGCAUCCGCUGCCUUGCUCCUCCUGGGCGGUGCCAUGCUGUGCUGCAACUGCCCACCAAGGGAUCAGAAGCCUUAUUCUGCCAAAUAUUCCGCAGCACGAUCUGGACCUGCAAGCAACUACGUGUAAUGUGCCCUACACUGCCUUGUCCACGAGCCAGCAAAGGACACCAGGACUUUAUUCACCAUCUCCUUUCACGUUCCUUCAUUAUUGUUACAAACUUUGGACUUGCCAUACCGGAAAGAUCAGGGGUGACUUUUGCUGUUUUUUUGUUUUUUUUUGUUUUUGUUUUAAGACUCUGAACCGAACAAACCUAGGCAAGGAACACUUACUCCACCCAGCAGAGGACUGUGAAGAUUGAUGAAGACGAAACAAUAAAUAAAAAAAUCACUAAUCAUUUGGGUGGAGGUUACGACCGGAAUUUUGGGUGGGGGAAGUGUUACCUGUUCUGUGAGUCUGCACUAGAGAUUGGGCUACACAGGUGCUUCGUGACAGUUGGUAGACUUCUACACGCCCCUGCUGGUCAUUGUUGGGUACUGCAGAAGAAGAGCUUGGUAAAGCCAUAGACCUAACGAACUCAGGGAAACGUAUCAGUAAUAUGUGGGUGGCCUACUGAGAUUUAUCUAGGCACAGAGGGAGGGAGAGAGAAACUACAAUCUGCUUCUGAGCUGCAAGCCAGUGAUUUUUUUUUUUUUUUUAAAUAGGAAUAUGGAGGUUAAUUAAUUUCAGUAUUCAAUAUUUCACGCUGGGCAAUCAUCACCGCAAAUCGCUGACGCGCAGUUACCAUUUGCCAAUUGGCACAGUGGGGGUUGUUAUUCAGAUUGCUUUGAUGAUUCCUUUUUAUCAGUGCUUAAUUAAUUUGCCCAAAUCAGGAUGUGAUAAUACAGCAAUAUACUACUCACGUUUGAUUUAAAUACUAUUUUAUAUAUAUAUAUUUAAGAAAAAAUAAACUGUACCUGGUUUGUACAGUUCUAACCCAAUAUAGUGCCUUUAUAAACCUGCUCUAUCUUCUCUCCCUGUUAUUGCAGAUAUUCCUAUUAGUAUAUUAUUGAUCAGUGCAAGCUGUACAUAGCUGAAUAUGCAUGCAUAGUUUGCAUAGGGUCUGUAAAAUGUCAAUGUGCAAAGCCAAAUGAAAGUCUUUUUUUUUUUUUAUUCAAUUAUUUUUGUAUUUUGUACAUGUUUAUGCUUUUCCAAAUAAUACAUGUUUCUACGAUAAUAAAAAAAAAA